UGUUUUAGGCUCAGUGUCUUUUCCCAAACACAGCGUGAGGGCCCAUGUGUUGGUGCCUUCAACCUUCAUGUUGGACGUGACAUGCCAUCUGGAUGGAAUCCAUUCCUUUACAUCAAAACUGCCUUUGGCACGAUUGAGCAGGUGAAGUACGUGCCAGGAUCUAAGAAACCCGACAAACCGGACUUUGUGGACCGCUUCCUCUUUUGGCGACGAUGCGCCCUGCGCGUGGGAAGCAUUUGUUCAUUGAUGUGGCUUGUAUGCAGCCUGCAUGAAUUCCAAGCUGCAUGGAGAAAUGUGAGAGACAAAUUGGAUCAAUUCCCAGAGAUGGUGCGACCCUAUUUUUCGCGUUUCAUCUAUGCCGAACUGGCCUGCCAGACAGCAUCUGAGAUGGCGUCAGUCAUUGCCGUCUUCAUCUUCAUGCGCGCCUGGAAGGAGCACGAGAACUUCGAACGAAGUUCCGACCUCACGCGCCUCGGGUGGUUCUUCAACACCAUGGGCCCAUUCCUGCCAUAUUUGCUGGUGCCACUAUCGUUCUUUUUCCGCGUGGACUAUUUCCAGAGAGAUGUGUGUGCCUCUGUGAUUGGAAUGAUGGCACAUGACCCCAUGAGCAGCCUGGUGUUUUCGGAGGCUGCGAGCCAGGCUUCUGAGCCAGACCUUUCAGCCGCUUUGUCAAAUCCCUUGGCCAAACCUCCACGAUUUGGUGAGCCAGGUUUCGACACGUCGCCCGCGGCAGACUGGUGCUGGAGAUAUUAUACGGAUUGGCAGCCGCGUCUCUUCAGCGAGAAAUGGAUGGGGACCGCCAUGAAUGACAUUGGCGAUGGACACAAUGUGGAAAUUCCACGAGUCUUUGGGCCGGUGUAUCCGGGGGUGGUCCCUAAAGCCUUGGAGAUGUUGGCAGCCCUCUUUGGUGCCGGACAUGCCUUCACGGGAGAUUUCUGCAACGAGAAGGACCCAAGCAUCACGAAGGAGAAUCUUGAGGCCGUGGGCGAAGCCGAUGCUGCAUCCUUGCUCGAAGGCGAUUGGAUCCAACAGCAUUUCUCGAUCGACAGCAACGAGCCUUCUAUAGCAUCUCUCCGGCAGAAGCUCAUCAAGGUCUAUCAGAACAUGACGCACCAAAGUACCGCCCAGGCCGCAAGAGCCAGACAGAUCAUCAAGGAAGUUCAAGCGGCAGGCAUGGCUUCAUUUCGGACGCUGUCUGGAGGUGACUUCUUUUGGCCCCUGCCAGAAAGCGUGCGCACGAGCGAAAAAAAGGCACCAGCCAGUCGCCAGAAGUUCUUCAGGCAGCGCGACAGUGUCUCUGUGGGCCCCGACGGCCAGUUUUCGAAGCCGGUCAAGCCACAGGAGCUGCUCGAAACAGCGGCGCCCGAUCUGAGCGCUGGCCUGGGAAAGGAGGCGAUCUGCACCUUUAAGUCGUUGAUGAUUGCCGCAAUGAAGAUGUGCUCGUUUUGCUACGUCUUGGUGACCACAGCAGUUAGUAUGUACUGUGCUGUGAGCUACAGUUUGCCCUUGGCUUCGCUGAUCUUGGGCGUGGUGGAUGGUAUGGGAGCCGGUGUGACCAACGUGAAGUCUGUCUUGUACAGAUCCUGUUUGCCAGGCUACUUGCAGUCCAUUACCGUCUUCGUGACACUUCCAGGUAUUCUCUUCAUCUUUGUGUUCUUCUCGCAAAUUGGUGGCAGUCCGUUGCUGAGCCUUUGCAUGUGUGCCCUUGCGGGCUGGAGAGCCAUGGACUUUUACAUGGGAGAGGUGGCGAUUGAUGUGAAGAGUUCCAAGAAACUUGAGAAAGCCACGAAGAAGGUGAAUAAAAGAAAGCAGAUGUUCCUCCUCGUUGGAGCUGGCUUGUUCGUGGCGCACACGAUGUACUUGAUGUAUGCUGCCAAGAUUUCCGUCAAGCUGGAUACGAGUGGCGCUAAGGAUGCGAUCAUCAAGAAGAUACAAGACCCCAUUAGUCUGGGGGUGUCCAUUUUGAAGAUUGUCUACGUGCGCGUCUUCACCAACAUGGUGACGACGAAUUGGAUCAUGGAGGCUGUCUUCGAUGCAGCAGAUGACACCUUAAAGGUGAAGAAAGAAUCAGGAAAACACGUUGAGGAAGCCUGGGCGAAGCUGACGCAAGGCAAACGAAAGAAGAAAAAGAAGAAGAAGAAAGACAAGGAUGAUACAGAGGAAGAGGGCUACUAUGAUGAAGAAGGAUGGUACUACCCGCCACCCGGAGCAGAAGAAUUUGGAGAAGUUCCAGAUAUGCCUCCUGCUGUCGCGGAAGGUGAGGCUGGCCCUGAAGUUCCGGGCGAAGGCGAAGCAGGCGAAGCAGUUCCAAGUGAAGCUGCGCCAAGUGCACCAGGUGUAGAAGCCGCUCCGGAGCCUGGGACUGGGAAAUGAUGGUUGAUGAUGGGCCCGAAAAUGCUGAGUUUGGAAAUUAAGAUACAAGUAUGUGUCACUAUGUAUGAUGGUUCAUUAUGGUUCAUUACCACUCUAAAAUUUCUGGAAAUCAUGAUGAUGACCGAGAAAAGAGACAAAAACACAUUUACUGUGUGAGACAAAUACAGUAUGUAUUUGUGCGCGACUUCCUUGGGACAGUUUGUCUGCUGGAUAGUGUGGGUGUAUUUGAAUCAAAGAUACUCUAUCCAUGUAUAGACAUCUACAGUAUGCCCCGAAUAUGCACAUAUAGAAAUAGAUUAGGUAACAUUCUGUGGCAUGUGGAGCAUGAUAUGUAGGCUAUUAUAGGCUAUCAAAAAGGUCAAAAAAGGGGAUCCAACGCCUCCAUGGAUGUCACUGGCUUUCAUGGUGAUGUACCCUCCAACUUAGACCCUGCCUCAGCCCAAAUGGGCUUUGGAAAACUAUGGAAAACUACUGUCCAAAGCAGAAAUGUAUAGGAAAUGUCUGAUUUCAAGCUGGACCUUUGAGGUCCCAAGGGACUGCUCUGCCAGGCCCCAGCUCCGGCUGCACCAGCUGCACCCGCUCCGAGUUGAGUCAUGAAAGAGAGUGAUUGCGUGUCACACAAAGCCUUAGAGCAAUUGGCUCCUUUGGCAGCCGCAAAAAAGUGUGGGCGGCAAAGUUCGGGACGUCUCUUGGGUUUCAAUGGCUGGAAAUUCCAGC